AAUAAGUUUUCAGGAAAUUUCAUUUCAAAGACUGCGGUUUUCAGUUUUCCAGUCCACGUGAUACGUGUCCGAAGGUCCAGUGGACUCCAGUGCCUUUGGAUUUACAUUACUUUUUUCUUUUCUGGACAUACGAAAUCUAGUUAUAUAAGGAGGGUAGGUGGUCAGAGUCACAGACAACUUGCGAAUUUGCUAGUGGGUCUUUCCAUAUUCCCAGUGAUCACCAUCUGUUUGAAGAAAUAAACCAAAAAAAGAAAAGAACUUUUCUCUCAAAGAUUUGGUUAGGUGAACAGUUUUUUCUGACGCAUUCAAAUUCCUUAUGGGUUUAUCCCUCUCCUUACUUCCAUCAGCUUGGCAAGAAAUUGUGAGACAGUGGUUUUUCUGCUUGGCCCAUGACAUCGAGUUGACUUACAAGGGACAAGAGAUGACAUUGAGGACCAAUAGCUUCAAGCAAACAGAUUCAGAAACUGGUUUUGAUAUGAAAAGUUCCAAGAAUUCUAUAAACCUGAAGAAUUGUGAACCCAUGAAAGUAAUGCUCGAAACAACUCUUUCGUUCAAGAAUCUAGUCCAAGACAUAAGGAAUUCGGGUUUGAACAAGGAAGUUGAUGGUUCUAUUGAUAAGUCAGUGCCCUCAAUUUCGCUUCCUGAACCAGCGAUACUGUUUUCGCCAAGACCUGUUAGUGAGCUUGAUGCUGCUGCAGUUACGCUUCAGAAAGUUUAUAAGAGUUACCGAACGCGAAGAAAUCUUGCCGAUUGUGCAGUUGUGGUUGAAGAGCUGUGGUGGAAAGCAUUAGAUUUUGCUGCUCUCAGACAGAGCUCCGUGUCGUUCUUUAGCGUUGAGAAACAUGAAACAGCUGGUUCGCGAUGGGCUAGGGCGAGGACAAGAGCUGCCAAGGUGGGAAAAGGAUUGUCCAAGGAUGAGAAAGCUCAAAAACUAGCCCUUCAACACUGGCUUGAAGCUAUUGAUCCACGACAUCGGUAUGGGCACAAUUUGCAUCUGUACUACGAUAUCUGGUUUGAUAGUGAGAGCACUCAGCCUUUCUUCUACUGGUUGGAUGUGGGCGAUGGCAAAGAAGUAAAUCUGGAGUCCUGCCCAAGGGUCGAUCUACAGCGCCAAUGCAUCAAAUACCUUGGACCGAAAGAAAGGGAAGCUUAUGAAGUAAUUGUUGAAGAUGGGAAGCUUGUAUCUAAACAAACUGGUUCGUUUAUUGAAACCACAGAGGGUUCAAAGUGGAUUUUUGUUCUAAGCACAUCGAGGACUUUGUAUGUGGGGCAGAAGAAGAAAGGUGUGUUUCAGCAUUCGAGUUUUCUUUCCGGUGGAGCAACCACCGCGGCUGGAAGAUUAGUUGCUCAUGCUGGGGUUCUUGAGGCUAUAUGGCCAUACAGUGGUCACUAUCACCCUACAGAAGAGAAUUUCCAGGAAUUCAUUAGCUUCCUUCAAGAGCACAAUGUAGACCUCACAAAUGUCAAGAGGUGUGCAAUCGACGAUGACUAUCCUUCAUUCAGGGAUUCUUCCGAGGAACCAAAGCCUGAUCCAGUAACAAGCCUUGCUCUGAAUACCCAAUCUGAAGAAGAUACAACAAACAACUCUUAUGCUGAUGUUGCGGUUGAGGAAGCAUCAAUCACAACCGAUCAUCAAGAACAAGAAGACACGGAACCCGUUGAUGCCAAUGUGCCGGCACCGUUUGACUUUGCCAAACGGUUGUCGUGUAAGUGGAGCACAGGAACUGGGCCACGCAUUGGUUGUGUCCGGGACUACCCAACGGAGCUACAAUUCCGAGCACUCGAACAAGUUAACCUUUCACCCCGAAUCGCUUCUCCAGGGUUUGGAUAUUACGGCCCAAUCCCUUCUCCAAGGCCCAGCCCAAAGGUUAGGCUUUCUCCCAGACUAGCAUACAUGGGAGUCCCAAGUCCAAGGACCCCUGUUCCUACUGCAAGCUAAGGCAGUUGGCCAAAUGGAAAUAGGAAAUAAGCUCAAUGCUUGGUAAGUUGGAGCCUUAUGCAUAUGGAUCAACACCAGCGGUACUUGAGGAGUAGUGUACCCUGACCUCAUUUCUUCAUUAUUUUGUACAAGUCUAAAUUUGAUUUGGGCAAUACUUGAUUUAGGCUCCUUUUUUUGUUGUUGUUUUUUUUUUCUUCAAUUGAUUCAUUCUUGUUGUACCUAGUGAUAGUUUCAAUGAAAUCUUGAUCUGCGUUGGCACUGAAAUUCUUUAUUGUACUUCUCAAGGCGCUUGUUGAUUCGUCUGUCAAAUGGAAAUGAUUUUAUACAAAGAGAAGUUUCUAGUU